AUGCCUGAAACGUUCAAUAAGCGGUAACGAAAGUACAUAAUAUCUGUGGAUCUGUAUAUGUACUUGCAUUUUAAAUUUGUACAUACAGUAUCAUAUAGUUUAUGUAAGAAUAUAUUUUCUUUCUAAUAAAAGUACACGCUUGUUGUUUUUGAAUUACAAAAUAAACGUGUUUUUACAAUAUGUGUCUUUUCCAUUAUUUACAACUGUAUAGUUGAUACAGUUAUUUAUGUAAACGAUCGCUUUUAAAAUACCUCUUAAUGCUUGAAGAUUUUCAAGCAGACUGUUCGGUCGAUAUAUUUCUGUAUAAGUGUAAUGUAUUGUAUAGUGUAAGGUUGUGGUUCACGGUGCUUACGUAUAGUGAUGCAAGUGUAAUGUGGUGCAUUUUUGUGUAUAAGGAGUAUAAAGAUCACGGAUCGGAGUAAAUUCAUUUUGUAAAUUAAAAUGGAAGUUUUAAACCAUUUUGAUCACAUCGACGAAAGCGUGGAUGAGAAUACUAUUAGCAAUGACAAUGUUGGAGUAGUUCUAGAGGAAGCAGAAAUAAUAGAUUGUGAUACAGAAAUAGAAACUGUCACAGAAGAUGAUAAUAUACAAUAUCAAUUAUGUGAAGUGAAUAGAAAUGAUGAUCUCAUUGCAUAUCGUGUGGUAGAAGCUGGUGAUGGUCAUACAAACAAUUCUGACUUGUCAAUUGCUUCACCUAUAAAUAAUACUGUUCAAGUUUUGACAUCACCUAUAAAUGGUCAGUUUUAUGUAUUUGGCAAUGAUGUAGUUGCUACAGAAUCUACAAGAUCAACUGCUCCACGUGUUAAACUUCAAUUAGAUAAUCCACAAAAUAUUCUUACUACUAUUAAAAAGAGGGAUGAAAGACGUAGGGUAACACAUAAUGAAGUUGAAAGACGCCGCAGAGAUAAAAUCAAUAAUUGGAUUUCAAAAUUAGGGAAGAUUUUACCUAAUUCUGAUCAAAAUACAACAGGAGAUGGAGAUGUAAAGACAAAUUUUGAAUUGCAGAGCAAAGGAGGAAUCUUAGCAAGAGCAUGUGAAUACAUCACUGAAUUACGAUAUGUACAAGAGAGUUAUGCACAAAGUUUGGAUGAAAAUGCUCAACUGUCAGAAGAAGCUAAAACUUUAAGACAUGUAGUGAAUCAAUUAAAAAAAGAAAAUUCUGAACUGAAGGCUCAGAUAUCGAAAAAUGCAACUUAUAUACUUGGUACUUAAUCUUUAUAAAUUUGUGCAAUAAAUGGGAGUAGGAGUGAA